CCUGAUGAUCACUGAAAUAUUAGGCACUCUUAUUUCUCUUUUCAGCACCAAUGUUGUUAAGAAAACUAAAUUUCCCAUAUUUAUCUCUCAAAACCAUAUCUUCCAGCGUAUGCACAAUGGUAGAAGCACAUGUGUGCCUGUCCUGCACUGAAUUGGGUUCUCCUUUUCAAGUAAUCAAAAUCUUUGGCUUUAGCUUUUUACGCACUCCUCUUUUCUCGAUAUCUCACUUUGGUAUUUCCUUCAAAUCCCGUGACUCUUUCUCGCUCAUUCACUCUUUAAUUCUUUCUCAAGACAUUCUUUAUGUGAUAAUUCACUUUUUAUGAGUCAUUCACUUCAUGAUCUCAUCCUCUGCAUCUUUCAAAUAAGUCAGACUGUACUUGGUUCAUAUUUCCUUAUGGCAGCAAACUAUAGACACUUCCACAACCUCGGAUUUCAAUCUCUUUCCCCCAUCAAAGAUCAGCAAAACCAAACUUAUCAGCCUCCCUUGCCUACUUCAGACCCUGCAUUUCCUAUAUUAGCCAUUGCUGUGUUAAGCAUCAUGGGUACAGCUUUCUUGCUAGUUAGCUAUUAUAUCUUUGUGAGCAAAUGCUGCGGCUCUAGCUGGCACCAACUUCAUCUGCUAAGACGAAUAUCUUUGUUUCGAGCCAGACAAGAGGAAGAUACAUUCAUUGCUUUCUCUCCAAUGAUGUGGAAUCGCGGGCUUGAUGACUCAGUCAUUCGAGAAAUCCCAACUUUUCAGUUCAAAAGGAAAGGUGAUGAGAUAAGUAUCUAUGGUUGUGUGGUUUGUCUGAAUGCGUUUCAAGAGCAUGACAUGCUUAGACUUCUUCGGAACUGCGACCAUGCAUUCCACUUAGAUUGCAUCGAUAUAUGGCUCCAAAGCAAUGCCAAUUGUCCUCUUUGCAGAACAAGCAUUUCAGGCACUACGCGCUAUCCAAUCAACCAAAUCAUUGCACCUAGCUCUUCGCCUCAAGACUCACAGCCUUACACGGAUAGCCUGAUGGGCGGAGACGAGGACUUUGUAGUGAUAGAACUUGGAGGAGAAGAUGGAGGUGAUCUACUACCACAUAGGCAACAAGAGAGAGACAAUUCAAGAGAAGCAUUAAUGCAGUUGCAGCCUAGAGUUCAAUCACCAAAAAAGCUGGAGCAGAAGCCCGGAAACUUACAAUCAAGAAAGCGCCACCAUGUCUCAAUUAUGGGAGAUGAGUGCAUUGACGUUAGACAGAAAGAUGAUCAGUUCUCGAUCCAACCCAUCAGGAGAUCUUUCUCCUUGGAUUCUGCUGUGGACCAACAACUUUUCUUAUCUGUUCAAGCCAUUGUUCAAAGAAACAGACAUCCUGGCGAGAUUAAUACUACAGAAGAAUGCAGUAAUGGAGCUCGGAGGUCUUUAUUUCCAUUUGGACACGGCCGAUGACCAAGAAAUGCGAUACUUCCUGUUGAAUUUGAUUUAUAAUUAGAGAUUGUUUAACUUUAAUUUUGAUUGCUAAUUUGUUUUAAGUUGGAAAAUUUCGUGAGGCAAAUGAGUAUAACAAAAAAGAGUCAGAUGAGUGUAGAGUGAGUGACUUUUCAGUUUUCACUGAUGUUGCAUAGUGAGAAAAACAAAUGGGGUUGUUAGUUCCUUACCGAAAACGCAGGCAUGGGUGUGAGAAUCAUUGCUUAAGGCACUAUGUGUGGAU